AUGUGGCCCGAAGCUUGUGUGUUGGUGUUGAUCCUGCUGGGUGUUUGUGUCCAGGAUGCUUUGGUGGAGCUGGACUGCUGUGUGGUAGGACUCUUCUUGAGCGUGUCCCUGGUAGCUUCCGCCUCGCUGAGCUUGGCGAGCCACGCCUUCUGUCACACCGUCUUGGGCAGCAGCAGGAGUUGUACGGACGUUCUAUGCUGUAUGAUCUUCAUACUGUUUGUUAUGGGCUACGUUCUGUUAGGACUCGUGGCUUGGACGUAUGGAGACCCCAGGAGAGUGGCCUAUCCUACAGACAGCCAGGGACAAUUUUGUGGCCAGAAGGGAACCCCCAAUGAGAACAAGACCAUUUUGUUUUACUUUAACCUGUUCAGAUGUACCAGUUCUUCGAUGAUGCUUAGGCUGCAAUGCCCCACUACACAGAUCUGCGUCUCCAGGUGCCCAGAGAGAUUUCUAACCUACUUGGAAAUGAUAUUUUUGAAUGAAAAAGACAAAAACUACUGGGAAUACUACCGCCAGUUCUGCAAGGCCACGGCCAGUCCUGCAAAGUCUCUCUCAGAUCUGUCCCGCGGUGACUGUCCCCCAGCAGUCUAUCCAAGCAGACCUUUCCUGCAGAGAUGUCUGCCUGACUUCUCAACCAUCAACGGAACCUUAACGUUAGGAAGCAGGACGGAACUUGAAGAUGGGAGUGGGAACACCAGAAAUGUCAUAGAACUCAGGGAGGCCACAAACGGCAUCAGUAAAAUUCUUGAUGCCAGGACAAUUGGACUGAAGGUGUUUGAGGACUACGCAACCACGUGGAAAUGGAUUCUCAUUGGCCUGACGGUUGCCAUGGCACUGAGUUGGACGUUUUUGAUCCUCCUGAGGUUCACAGCUGGAUUCCUCUUCUGGGUCUUCAUGCUUGGUGUGCUUGGGAUUGUAGGAUAUGGAAUAUGGUACUGUUACCUGGCAUACAGUGGCCUUGAGCAGAGACCGCAGUCAGCCAUCAUGAUAGACGACAUUGGGGUUCAGUCCAGCAUCAGAAUGCUCUUUCGCUUGAAAGAGACGUGGUUCUCAAUGUUGAUCAUCUUGUGCGUCAUUGAAGCCAUCAUCAUCAUCGUGCUGAUCUUCCUCAGGAGUCGGAUUCGAAUUGCCAUCACCCUGCUGAAGGAAGGGAGCAAAGCCAUCGGCUACAUCCCCAGCACGUUAAUCUACCCGAUUUUAACUUUCAUCUUGCUGUCAAUCUGCAUUUCCUACUGGGCUGUGACAGCUGUUUUCUUGGCUACAUCAGGGGUACCAAUAUUCAAAGUCAUGGUCCCAGAGGGGGAAUGUAUACAUGAAGACGAAAUUUGUGACCCAGAGAUUUUUCCUAGAACUAACAUUCCCAAUGUCUGCCCCGGCGCGUCAUGUAACUUCGUUUCCUAUGGUGGAAGGAGUGAGUAUCACAAUUACAUGGUGACCUUCCAGAUCUACAACCUCUUUGCCUUCCUCUGGCUUAUAAACUUUGUCAUUGCAUUGGGUCAGUGCGCCCUGGCUGGUGCCUUCGCGUCUUACUACUGGGCCUUGAGAAAACCCGAGGACAUCCCCAGGUACCCCCUUUUCACCGCAUUUGGACGAGCAGUGCGAUACCACACGGGGUCUCUGGCCUUUGGAUCUUUGAUCCUUGCUUCAGUUCAGGUGUUUAAAGUGAUCGCAGAGUACCUGGACAGGCGACUGAAAAAGGCACAGAACAGAGUUUCCAAGUUCCUGCAGCGCUGCCUACGGUGCUGUUUCUGGUGUUUGGAGAAGAUGGUGAAGUUCUUAAACAGAAAUGCCUAUAUCAUGAUCGCAUUAUAUGGUAAAAACUUCUGUGCAUCGACAAAGGAAGCCUUCAAUCUGCUCAUGAGGAACAUUCUGAAAGUUGCGGUGACCGAUGAAGUCACGCACUUUGUGUUACUCCUGGGGAAAAUCCUAGUCUCUGGGAUUGUAGGUCUCCUGGCCUUCCUACUCUUCACAGAGAGACUGCAAAGGAUUGUAGAAGGACCAACAACUUUAAAUUACUACUGGGUACCUUUCCUGACUCUUGUGCUUGGAUCCUACCUGAUUGCUCAUGGGUUCUUCAGUGUCUAUUCGAUGUGUAUUGAAACCAUUUUCAUCUGCUUCUUGGAAGACUUAGAAAGAAACGAAGGCUCUCCUUCCAGACCCUAUUUCGUGACUACGACCCUAAAGAAACUUUUGAUGGAGCCAAGCAAGCAUAAGAAGCAGUAG